AUGCUGCCCUCAGCGCAAGAAGUCGUGGAAGUGCGCUCUCCGGAGACCGUUAAGCUGGACUUGGUUCCCGAUGAUGCCACGGCGGGGCCCGAAAUUGCGGGUGCCGAACAUCAUCAUUCAGAGGAUUCGGGAGCUGCGAUGUCGCACUCCGAGGGAGACCACCGCGAGGAUACGAAUGGUGCGAUGGUGUCUGAUACUAAAAGUUCCGCACUCGACUUGAUGGAGAAGCCCGAGGGUGACGGUAGUGAAGAAUACCGUAAGCCCCCUGCUGGGACCGAUAGUGAUACGUGUGAUGCGGCGGCAGAACAUCUGUUCAGCGAGGAGGAUGGGGAGGAGGAGGGGAGCCAACAAGAGGAAAGAGAUGAAGGGAGUUAUGAGGACCGUUCCGAAGACGAAGAGGAAGUUGAAGGAGAGCCGGACGGGGAAGGAUCUGACGAAGAGCAAUAUGUGAUGGAGCAGGAAGAGGAUUAUGGAUUUGUGUUGCCUCCGGAGACUAGUAAGGAUGCCGUGGCGAAAGUCGAAUCGUUCGUGAUUAAUGGAAAGAAGUAUACCGCAUCUUCUUUUGUACAUAAUGCUGGCUUUCGAGUGCUUCGAGAGUUGAAGGGGAAGAAGGCAAGGGAUUUGGUAAUAUGCGCGUCGCGCAAACCACAUAACAUCCUGAGCUGCAAAAAUUUGCACCUAACUAAUCGUGCAGUGUGUGUAAAGGAUUGCUAUCUGAGGCUCAACACGUUGGUAAACAACCCCGGCAAAGAAGCUUUGCUUGUCGACCCUACGUCUGCGGCAACGGCGCUGUUUUGUGAAAGGACUGAUGCCGAUCACGAUCAGAGUGCCUGUACCGCGUUGCACCUCAUGCCAGGAAUUGUCUACGUAGGUUUCCCCCCUCUUCGUGUCGGAUACUUCGAGGGAGAGCUCCAUAAAAAUAUCGCCCUGACGAGACUUCAGGAAGGUAGUGACACCUGUGGAACAUGGUGUGCCGGCCGUCGCUCACAUAUCGUUGUUACGUGUAGCUUCGUUCAUUACAAUAGAGGGACGGUAUACAAGGAGGCACCAUCUCCUCCCGCUCUGCCCACUGCCCUCUUCCCAGGUAUGCAACCUCGUGAGCACGUGGGGAGGGGGCGCGGGAGGAAUCCACUCGGUCGAGGUCGAGGGGCGCGUGGACGGGGCGGAUUGGGUCGUGGGCGCGGGUGCGGGGCUGCCACUGAGGGACACGAUAGAUCGAACAAUGCCAGAGGUAGGGGCCGGGGCGCAAGUAAGGAAUUGAGCGCUGGUAGAGGACGCGUGCGGCCAGUGAAUGUUGUGGCCGCACAGCCCCCACUAAGCAGCGCGGUCGUGUGCGAGGAAGUGGGUGGUGUUGCGCCGCCACCCGAGGUUGCCAUCACUGAGGGGGGUAUGCGGGCACACGGGGUCCAGUUCCUGAAUUUCGUCCUCGUGCUGCUGAGUGUCAUCAUUGCAGUUCUUGUUUACAUGCUGAUGUGA